CUGCUAUAACUCACACAGAUUGAUGCACACACAGACCUAUUCUGCUACCCGCAGGUGUUUGCUUCUCUCGGAAGCUUCUUUCUGAUUUUUCUAUAUUUCUUUUUUAUUAUUAAUUAUAAACAAUUAGUUUAUAUAUAUAUAUUAGAAAAAAACAGAGAAAAAUCUCAGAUUACAAAGAACAUUAUUUAAAGAGAAAAAAAAAAAAAAUCGAAAGAGGUUUCGUGGAGAUAACCUUACCCUUAAUUUCUCUCUACCCGUUGAGCUAGAUUCCCAUCGUGUCUUCACGUAAUUGCUUUCGAUUGCUUUAAUCUCCCCGUUCAAGUUUCUCCACAGAAAAAUUGCCUUCUUGUCGGUUCACAUUCUGUUUUUCUGUUUGUUGUUCAAUUUUCUUUUUCUUCUGGUCUUGGUUUAGGUUUAGGUAUCUUUGAGAAUCGUGGGGCGUCGUAAGGGUUUUUUAUUUUCUGGUGUAAUACUUGGUGGGUACUUUGGGGAGUUGGCUUUAUCUUGGUGAUUUGAUGACGGGACGGUGUUGCUUUAGUGUUUUAUUGACUUAAUUAUUGGCGGGUUUGUUGCGAAUUAGUGUUUUCUUAGAGGGAUUGAAUGGUGGUUUUUCUUACUAAAUUGGGGUUUUGUGUGUAAAGUUAGGAGCUCCUUGGAUAAAUCUUGGCCUUUUCUUUUUGUUGAUUCGGAUGGUGAAUCUGUAGCAAAUGGUGCUUUGUUGAUUCCAUUCUCGGUGGGUUUUGGGAAAGUUGGCUGUUUUGGCAGAUUACAGUAGUGGGUCGUGAAAAUCAAGGGUUAAAGCUCUAAAAAAGCUAUAUUUCCAUUGAUUUGGAUACAAAUUAAGUUGAAUUGUUUCAACUAUAUCUCUGGGCUAGAUUGGACCAUUAUUUGCGGGUUUUCAGCUCAAAAUUUUUCUGUAAUAUUCGCAAUUUAUUGUUUGCUUGUAUUCUGUGGUGGGUAAUUCUGCAUCUAAGAUAAGAUGAAUUCAAGCAUCACUGAGGGUUCAGUUCAUGAGGGUAAGCUUCUGGUUUAUGUAGCUGAAAAUGGUCACUCCUUUGAGCUUGAUUGUGAUGAAACAACCCUAGUGGAGGCCGUUAUGAGGUAUAUUGAAUCUGUCUCUGAGAUUAAUUUCAAUGAGCAACUUGUUUUGUGUUUGGAUAUGAAACUUGAGCCCCAGCGGCCUCUUUCAGCUUAUAAGCUUCCAUCCAGUGACCGAGAAGUGUUUAUCUUUAAUAGAACUAGGCUCCAGAACAACUCUCCUUCCCCUGCACCUGAGCAAAUUGAUAUUCUUGAAGUUGCAGAUCCUCCAUCACCAGGAUGUACGCAUGACCCCCACCCCUUAGAUGACGCCUUGGACCCAGCUCUGAAGGCUUUGCCUUCCUACGAAAGGCAAUUUAGGUACCAUUACCAUAGGGGUCAUGCAAUAUAUGGUAGAACCCAUGCAAAGUAUGCACAUUGUGAGAGGUUUUUUGGAGAGCAGAAGGUGCAGGAGAGAGCAAUUGAUGUAGCUAGGGGUAAUCUUGACCAAUACUAUAGGAUGAUAAGUCAGAAUUACUCAGAGUUCAUGAAACGCUACACACAGCAGCACAGGAUGCAUUCUGAACUCUUAGUGAAUUACAGGAGGGAUUUAGAAAAAUUGAGGUCUAUCAAACUUCAUCCUGCUUUGCAGGCCACCACACGCACGUGUUUAGUAGAUUUUGUGAAGGAAGAGAACUUGAGAAAGGCUGUGGAGAACUGUAGCAACUCCCAUAGGCAAUUUGAAAAGAAGGUUUCUGAAUUUAAGCAGAUGUUUGGUGAAGUGAAGCGCAAGGUUGAGGACUUAUUUGCUUGCAGGGCUUCCUUUCCUCUUAAGAAUUUAGAGCUAACCAUCAAGGAGCAUCAAAAAUUCAUCAAUGAACAAAAGAGUAUAAUGCAAUCAUUAAGCAAAGACGUAAAUACAGUAAAGAAGCUUGUCGAUGAUUGUCUGUCCUGCCAAUUGUCCUCCUCACUUCGUCCUCAUGAUGCAGUUUCAGCCCUGGGUCCCAUGUAUGAUGUCCAUGACAAGAAUCAUUUGCCUAAGAUGGAGGCUUGCGGUCGUUCAAUUACCAAGCUGCUUGAGUUUUGCAAGGAUAAGAAGAAUGAGAUGAACAUCUUUGUACACAACUAUAUGCAAAAGAUAACAUAUGUUUCUUACAUAAUUAAAGAUGCGAAGUUACAGUUUCCAGUUUUUAGAGAGGCAAUGGUGCGCCAGGAUGAUCUAUUUACUGAUCUGAAGCUAGUUCGUGGGAUCGGUCCUGCUUAUAGAGCUUGUCUUGCAGAAGUGGUGAGGAGGAAAGCUUCCAUGAAGCUUUACAUGGGCAUGGCUGGACAAUUGGCCGAGAGGCUUGCUACCAAGAGGGAGGUUGAGGUUAGGAGACGGGAAGAGUUUCUGAAAGCACAUAGUUCAUAUAUACCCAGGGAUGUAUUAGCAGCCAUGGGGUUAUACGAUACUCCUAGUCAGUGCGAUGUCAAUAUAGCUCCUUUUGACACAAAUUUGCUUGAUAUUGACAUGUCAGACCUGGAUCGGUAUGCUCCUGAACAUUUGGCGGGGUUGCCUUUAAAGAGUGAGAAGCUUGCAAGCUUGAGAAGUUCAUUCUCCAUGUCUACUGAAAGUUCUCAUUCGGCUGAGGCAGAGGAGAUUUCUGCGGAUACACAUGACAAAGACGAUCAUGAGCUCCUUGAAGGCUGUGAGUUGGUAGAGAUAGCUGGAACUAGCAAGAUGGAAGUUGAGAAUGCAAAAUUGAAAGCUGAACUUGCUUCUGCACAAGCACUGAUAUGUUCCCUUGGCCUUGAACUUGAAUAUGAGUCGCUCGAUGAUAGUAAAGUGGAUAGUUUGCUGAAGAAUGCUGCCGAGAGAACAGCUGAAGCCUUGCAGCUGAAAGAUGAGUAUGGGAAGCAUCUCCAAUCUAUGCUUAAGGCAAAACAAAUGCAGUGUUUGUCUUAUGAGAAGCGCAUUCAAGAAUUAGAACAGAGAUUGUCUGAUCAGUAUCUGCAGGGGCAAAAGCUUUCAAUCAGUAAUCUUGUAUCUGAUUUUGACAUUCCAGCUGCGAAAGCUGAUGGCAGCAAACCCGAAGUUACAGGUGGUGGAACUUCAGAACCCAUGGAUGAGGUCUCUUGUAUUUCUAAUUCUUUAGAUUCAAAGUUAGGACUUCUCACUAGGCAACCAAGCAAAGGUCGGGAAGGAGUUGAUGAAAAUAUGAUGGAUUCCUCUGGAAUGCUAAAUACUCAGCUGGAUUCACUAAUGACAGAACCACAGCGUGAAGAACUGCAAGUUAGUGACAAAGAUGGGAAAGAUAAGCUAGUGGCCCAACUAGGCAUGUCAUUGGCAAACAGUUCCACAGCUGAGAGUAUGCCUGAAGCUCAGAAUGUCUUACCUUCUGAUGCUACAGUUGAGGCUAAAACUAGUGAUGUUGUGUUGGAAUUACAAAGAGCUCUUGAUGAAAAAUCAGAUCAGUUGGGUGAGAUUGAAAACAAGCUUAAAGCUGCUAUGGAGGAUGUUACAGUUCUUACCAGGGAAUUGGAAAUGAGUCGAAAGCUCCUCGAUGAAUCUCAGAUGAAUUGUGCUCAUUUGGAGAAUUGUUUACAUGAAGCAAGAGAGGAAGCCCAAACUCAUCUUUGUGCAGCUGAUCGGAGGGCCUCUGAAUAUAAUGCCUUGCGUGCAUCUGCUGUGAAGAUGCGCAGCCUUUUUGAAAGACUUAAGAGCUGUGUAUGUGCACCGGUUGGAGUUGCUGGUUUUGCUGAUUCCUUGCGUGCUUUAGCUCAAUCUCUGGGAAACUCCAAUAAUGACAAUGAAGAUGAUAGUACUGCUGAGUUCCGGAAAUGUAUUCGUGCUCUUUCAGAAAAAGUCAGUUUCUUGUCUAGGCAUCGUGAAGAGCUGCUUGACAAGUACCCAAAACUAGAAGCUGCAAACGAACAGCUUAGGAAAGAAUUGGAAGAAAAGAAGGAGUUGGUUACUACUUUAUAUAAAAAACAUCAACUUGAGAAGCAGGCGAACAAGGAAAGAAUAUCAUUUGGCCGGUUGGAAAUCCACGAGAUUGCUGCAUUUGUUAUCAACACAGCAGGGCAUUAUGAAGCGAUCAAUCGGAGUAGUUCUAACUACUAUCUGUCUGCUGAAUCUGUGGCCUUGUUUACUGACCAUCUCCCAAGCCGACCCAGGUACAUCGUUGGGCAGAUUGUGCAUAUUGAAAGGCAGACGGCAAAACCAUUGCCUGCCAGGCCUGAGCAUGGUAGGGGAAAUCCAGUGGAUCAUCUGACAUCUGACACAGGGACAGACCUAUUAACCCUGAAGAAUUUGGGAUCAAGUUCAAACCCAUACAAUCUUCCUAUUGGUUGUGAAUACUUCGUAGUGACAGUAGCCAUGUUACCUGAUACCACCAUUCGUUCAUCGCCAGCUUCCUGAUCCCUGCUUCAGGCAGAUAAGACAUGAUGGAAGAAAGAAACUUAAAGUGUAUAUAUAUAUAUAUAAUCAUAUGGCAUAUAUAUAAACAUUUUCCUAAAAUUAUGGGAAAUUGAACUUCUUCCUCUCUGUACAGCUGGUAAUCCAAAUUUUAAGUUUAACAUUUUUCUCUCUGUAUAUAAAGUUAUUCUAUUUAAACAUGUAAACAAAAUUGUGAAUAUUUCUUUUAUCAAUCUCUUCAAUUUUUAAUUGA